AUGGAAACAACACUUUUUGAAACUUGGUCAAGAGCUGUUAAUUCUAAUGUACAAGUAUUUACGUCGAGCGAUGAACAUAAAUUAAAUGAUUCAUAUCGUGAAUGGAGUUUAAUGCUGCCUGAUGAAGUUCAUACAAAAUUAUGUCUUACAGCAAAAUUAGUUAGAGAAAAUGAUAAAAUAGCUGAUUUAAAUUGUUUAAUUGGAUCUAAAUUAUAA